GGUCGUCUGGCAUCGAUGCAUUUAUCGGAGGGAGCACUGGAGGUUCGAGUCAAGGCUUAGAGCCUGGGGCUUCCAAUGAUACUCUGGGCAGUGAUGGAAGCCUAGAUGCCUCACCGCAAGGAGCGGCCGAGCGGGUCCUCGCUUCACGCCCAAGGCAGCACUGGCACGGCGGUGAGAGCCAGCAGGGAGGGAGGAAGCAUGUCCCGGUUGUCUCUCACCCGCUCGCCCGUGUCUCCCCUGGCCGCCCAAGGCAUCCCACUGCCAGCCCAGCUCACCAAGUCCAACGCGCCCGUGCACAUCGACGUGGGUGGUCACAUGUACACCAGCAGCCUGGCCACCCUUACCAAGUACCCCGACUCCAGAAUCAGCCGCCUCUUCAACGGCACCGAGCCCAUCGUCCUGGACAGUUUGAAGCAACAUUAUUUCAUCGACCGGGAUGGGGAGAUUUUCCGCUACGUCCUGAGCUUCCUGCGGACGUCGAAACUGCUGCUCCCCGAUGACUUCAAGGACUUCAGCCUGCUGUACGAGGAGGCGCGCUACUACCAGCUGCAGCCCAUGUUGCGUGAGCUGGAGCGCUGGCAGCAGGAGCAGGAGCAGCGGCGGCGGAGCCGGGCCUGCGACUGCCUGGUGGUGCGGGUCACGCCCGACCUGGGAGAGCGCAUCGCGCUCAGCGGCGAGAAGGCCCUCAUCGAGGAGGUCUUCCCCGAGACCGGGGACGUCAUGUGCAACUCGGUCAACGCCGGCUGGAACCAGGACCCCACUCACGUCAUCCGCUUCCCUCUCAACGGCUACUGUCGACUCAACUCCGUGCAGGUCCUGGAGAGGCUAUUCCAGAGGGGUUUCACUGUGGCCGCGUCCUGUGGGGGUGGCGUGGACUCCUCCCAGUUCAGCGAGUAUGUGCUCUGCCGAGAGGAGCGGCGGCCGCAGCCCACCCCCACCGCCGUCCGGAUAAAGCAGGAGCCCCUGGACUAGGCCCUGCCUCGGUGCCGCCUGAGUCCCCCUGGCCCUGGGAGCACCCCAGAGACCCGAAGACACUUUUGGGGAGUUCUGCCUGUGCCUGCUUAGUGCUGGGCGUGAGACUUGAGGGUGGGGCUGGAGGGGCAGAAGCCGGCCUGGGGGGGGUACCCCCAGUGCCCGGGCGUCGUGGCCACAGAAUAUGGGACGCUGGGGGCAGACCCGCCCGCCAAAGGACUGUUGAUGUGACUCAGAUGCCGCCGUUGCCGCCGCCGGUUGUCCAGCCCCCCCGGGCUCCCCUGCCCGUCACGGGUCCUCUGAGACUCCAGGACCUACCAAGGCAGGUCACGGGGACCCUGGCUUGCUCCAGAGGAGCUGUGCAUCCUCCUCCGUGCGUGGCAGACUUCAGUGGGUCUCCCUGCGUCAGGUGGCUUAUUUUUCUACAGUAUUUAAGACCGAAGUAACUAACUGCACAAGUCAGAGAGGCCAACAAGGACCUACACUUCUCUAUCUGGUGCUCAGUUCUCAGCCGGACUUGCGGCCCGCCCACGCGGCGGAUGAGCUGUGGGCUCCGGGCCCAGGUGCCGGCACAGUGGCACAGCAGCGGGGCUGUUGGGAGGAGGGCGGUGCUGGCAUGGGGGAUGGUGGAACCACCUGAUGCCAUCUGAUACCCUCACCUUCGCUGCGGCCCAAGGCUCAGGCCACACUGGGCGGGUCACCUGACAUUCCACCCUGGGGCUGCCAGUCCUGUCUGUGUGCGCCCACACCUGGGCUCCGGGAGAACUCCCUGCCCAUCUGGACCAGCCAGGGGCCACACCGAAUCCUUACCUCAGGAAUGGGCCCCGCAGUGAGGGGACCCACCUGUCAGCAGCAUCCUAUGGGUCCCCAGCUCAGGAAGCCGUCCCCAGCUCCGAUUUUCCCACACUAAUAUGCACACUGAAUUUGAAUGAACUGUUGUUACCCCCUUUGGGAAGGCAUACCUGGGGCUCUUGACCCCAAUUCCAGUGAGGGCUGACCCCAGGGGUCCUCACAGACCUCCCGUCCCAGGUGACGGGCCCAAAGGUGACCGGCCCGGCAUUGUCACACCUUCCCCCCAGCGCUGGCUCUUCCUGGGUGGCAAAACCCCAGAGACCUCAGCGGGCGGGGCGCCCUGGCGGCACCCCAGUGCACAACGCCUGUAGACUUGUGUACCACUCCUUCAACGUUGUAAAGAUGCUGAUGUACAAUUGUCGUGUGUUUGUGUAAACACAUCACGUUCCUAGUUCAUGCCAUAAAUGAUGCCAUAAAGCAAAGACUAAGGCUCCAUCCUGUGUAGAAGCGACAGCUGGGUUCCUGCCUUUGGUCUUGUGCCUGGGGGUGCUGGGGGUGGAUGUCCCCCUCAGUUCCAACCAAAGAAGAAGCGGCUGUAGUGUCUGGGAGAGGGGCAGAGGCCUGACUUUGCUGUAUAUUGUACCGGGAUGUGCCCUAACUCCCCAUUUGUCCCCUUGGGCACGGGAUCUGAAUGUGGGUCACAGCCCCAGCCAGAUGUGAAGCGGGGCGCGGCAGACAGGUGUCAGGGACCUUGGAACCCGGUCUUCAGUGUCUCGAGAGGCUCUCUGGUUCUUGCUCAAUGUGCACAUCCUCUCUAGAGCCUCACAGUGGUAGGAGAAGGUGGCGUCCACAGCUCAGGCCAGCCAGGGGGACAUACCGCCCCCAAAAUGGUCACGUGAGGAAUAAGACCAUGGCGCCCCAUGGGCAGGCAUUUGAACACACUCAGAGAGGCCUCCAGGUUUAAUGCAUCUUUCUGUAUUUUUUUUUUUGCAAAGCCCUUACAUUGUAGCCGCUGCAGACUGCUCUUCACAGGCCCGGCCGGGUCACGAGCCCCGACCUGCCCGAGGCCGGGAGCACACACCAGCUGCGUCCUGUCUGGGGCCCCAGAGCAGACGCCAUCCAGCGUCCGAUCUAAUUUGCCGGGCAGACCUGCCGGCCUUCUGUGCUUAGCAACGUGGCUGCAGUUGGCACAUCUGCAUUUUGGCAUCUGAAGUUCACAUCUGAGAGGAGAGAAAGUGGUGUGUUUCUUAGAAAGGAAGUCUUGUGAAAACAGCUCCAUGCCGGGUGUUUCUGGAGCCUCCCGUACGUCGCCGGUGCCGUGGCUGAUUGAUGGAGAUGCCCUGACGUUUCCAAGCAAGCUG